AGAAGGGGGAGUGCAUACUGUGAAGUGGUAGAGGGUAUGUCAGUGUUAACUGCCAGACCCUGAGAGAGUGAGCAGUGAGCCAGCUUGUGUCUGAUGGCUAAGUUUGAGAACAUGUUGGGUUGCUCCCUGCUCCUGUUAGCUUGUGUUAGUUACUCUGAUGCCCAGUGGAGAUGGUGGCUAUUUGGCAAAGAUGCCCAGGCAACUACACAGACCUCAGCAACCCAGGAGAAACAGGGAAUACAGACUACUACUAGUGAGGCUACAAGCCUGGAGACCACCACGGUCAUCCUACAAGCCCACGAAGAAGGACUUUUGAGUGUUUCAACAAGAAGCCCUGAUUCAGAAGCAGUUUCUCCAACUACAGGACCACCACCACCAGGGCCAGUGACCGAAGAGAACCUUGCUGGAGUUGGGGCUCAGAUACUGAAUGUGGCUGAAGGGAUCCUCAGCUUUGUCCAGACGUGGGACCAAAAACCAACAGCAGGAGCAAAAAACGAUGCAGUAGAGGUUUCUACCUCCCCUGCUGAAGACAAAGAGACAACAACCGAUGGACAUAAGAUGGAUAGGGGCACAACUUUGCCCAUUGCUAGGCAGGUUACAGAGCAGCCAAAGGAUGUAGCCACAUUUCUACCAGUUACCAAACCUUGGGUGGAACAUCACUUGCUAGAAAAUGGUACUACAACCCUUCAUACGAAAUUGUUGUUGGAGAAUUUACCAGAAGUUAAUUUGGAGUCGUCGGGGGAAGGGGAGAGUGUGUCCUCAAUGGGAGAGAGCCAGUCUGAAGCUGGACAACUGGAAAUGGGAAACCUCACAUCUUCUUUUAGCAAUAUCACAAGUGGCGAGUUUUUGCAAGUGGACAAUAUCUCGGACUGGCGGGAUUCGAUGACCAAUGAGAGCUUGCAUGAUGUGAAAGCGGUGGCGGGCUUUGUAAAGAUGCAACUAUCCGACAAUUUAACAGACUUUGCCAAUUGGACGACUGCAGGGAAUGGUACUAGCAACACGGGUAACCAAAUUGAAGAUGAUGUAGGUGUAUCCUUACUACAGUUGAUAGGCGACCCGCCUCCAGAAGAAAUCACCAAAAUCUACGGUCCAGACAACAGCCCUGGCUAUGUGUUCGGCCCAGAUGCCAACACAGGCCAGCUGGCUCGUGCUCACCUUCCCAGUCCCUUUUACCGGGACUUCUCGCUCCUCUUCCACCUGCAGCCGACCACCCCCAAUGCUGGUGUGAUCUUCUCCAUCACAGACCCCACACAGGCAUCCAUGUAUGUGGGUGUAAAGCUGUCUGCUGUCCAAGCAGGCAAACAAAAGGUCCUCUUCUACUACACAGAGCCAGGGUCCCAGACCUCCUACCAGGCAGCAGCCUUCAAUGUUCCAUCGCUAGCCAACCGCUGGACACGCUUCGCCAUCAGUGUGGAGGGUGAAGAGGUGUUCUUCUUCUUGGAUUGUGAGGAGUCUGAAGCAACCCGUUUCGAGCGUUCACCCGACGAGAUGGAGUUGGAAAGUGGCGCAGGGGUCUUUGUUGGUCAGGCUGGAGGAGCAGAUCCAGACCGAUUUGUGGGUGUCAUUGCUGAGCUCAGGCUAGUUGGAGAUCCAAGAGCUGCUGAGAGACACUGUGAUGAAGAUGGAGAUGAUUCUGAUGCUGCCUCUGGUGAUUUUGGAAGCGGAUACGAGGAGAAACCGAAAAUUGAAACGGUGACACCUCCUGCCCAGAGACCACUGAAACAGCCCCCAGUGACAGCGCCCUCUACGGGAAGGAAGGAGAAGCUCUCACCUCAAACCACUGCUGAGACUGCUAGGAAGCAGAUAGUCGACUCUCAAACUCAUUCUGAAGUGAAAUCCCAGCCAGUUGUCCCAGGUCAAGCUGGUCCUACAGGCCCGGCCGGUCCCAAAGGAGAGCAGGGGGAGAAAGGCGAUCGAGGUGAAAGAGGGCCCCAGGGUGCAAAAGGAGAGAGCGUGGGGGCUGCAGGGGGCACUGCUGGCCCUCGUGGUGAGAAGGGAGAAAAUGGCAUGAAGGGAAGUGCUGGCUUUGGCUACCCCGGCAAGAAGGGAGACACUGGUGACCCUGGCCCCCCAGGACCUCCUGGUCCCCCCGGCCCGGCCGCGGAGCGGGUGGAGCGUGGAGACGGCAGUGUCGUGGAGAAGAUAGUGGGAGCAAGAGGACCCCCUGGACCAGCCGGCCCACCGGGACCCAAAGGAGCAGACGGAGAGCCUGGUGACCCUGGUGAAGAUGGCAUUGCAGGUCCUGCUGGCCCUCCUGGCUUUCCUGGGAUUCCAGGGGACCCUGGCCAAAAGGGCGAGAAGGGCGACCCUGGUGAAGGCAAACCUGGACCAAGAGGACCCCCUGGCUUGCCAGGACCAGCGGCGUCCCGCUCACAGACCUUUUUUGACAUGGAAGCUUCCGGAUUCCCUGAUCUGGACAGCAUUCGGGGCCCCCAAGGGCUUCCUGGUAUUCCAGGCCCUCCUGGUCCUCCUGGCCCCCCUGCAGACCCCAGCCUGUCAUCUGGACGGCCUGCUUUAAUUGGGCCACCUGGACCAAGAGGGAUUGAUGGGAAGGAUGGCAUUCCUGGUGCUCAAGGGCCCCCAGGCCCCCCAGGUCCUCCAGGAAAUAAUGGCCAACCAGGACUGAUUGGACCCAGAGGAGAAAAGGGUGAUGCAGGCGAUUUGGGACUUCCUGGAGCUGUUGGUGAAAAGGGCACCUUUCCUCCUGUUCCUCCCUACCUCUUAGAACUGCUCUCCCAUUAUUCAUCAUCUUCUUCCACUGGGGUGCCUGGGUUCGAGGGUUCAAGGGGUGAUGUGGGUCCCCCUGGUGUUUCAGGGCAGACAGGACUGGCUGGUCUUCCUGGACCAAUGGGGCCAGUUGGACCACCUGGCCCCCCUGGACCUCCAGGCCCAGGCUUCCCAGUGGGCUUUGAUGAUAUGGAAGGGUCAGCAUUCGGUUUAAUAAAUGUUCCAGGAGUCAGAGGGCCAGUUGGACAACCGGGUAUUCCUGGUCCACCUGGUUUGCCAGGCAUACCGGGUAACAAUGGAUUGCCUGGUCUUCCAGGAGCAAAGGGAGAAGAUGGUUCUCCAGGGUUCUCAGGGGUAGAUGGACGGCCAGGGUUAGAUGGAUUCCCCGGUCUGGAAGGACCAAAGGGUGACAAAGGGGACAGGGGCGAAAAAGGCGAGCAGGGUCGAGAUGGGGUUGGAAUUCCUGGUCAGCCCGGCCUACCCGGACCUCCUGGACAGAUCAUCUAUCAGUCAGGCAACGGAAUACCAGGCCCACCUGGUCAAGCAGGUUUUCCAGGCCCGAGGGGACCAAAGGGCGACAGAGGAGACUCGGGACCACCAGGAUAUGGAAUAAAGGGAGAAAAGGGAGAACCUGCUGCCAUUAUCGGUCCUGAUGGAAAUAUCCUGAGCAGUGCAUUUCUUGGUGGACUUGGAGGAGAAAAGGGUGACCCAGGAGUCCCUGGACCGGUUGGCCCUGUGGGUCCUUAUGGUCGCCCUGGCCAGAAGGGUGAAAUUGGUUUACCUGGCAGGCCUGGUCGUCCUGGCAUUAAUGGAUUUAAAGGUGAAAAGGGGGAGCCAAGUGACGUCCAUAGUGGUUACGCUGUUAGCGGUCCCCCUGGCCCCCCCGGGCCCCCCGGCCCCCCUGGUCCUCCAGGACAAUUCACUGAACGCUAUGACUAUAAUGAAGCUGUACCAAGAUAUCCAGGUUUACAAGGUCCCAAGGGAGAGAGGGGCUUCCCAGGCUACACAGGAGAGAAAGGAGAGCAAGGGCAGCCUGGCCUGCCUGGACAAUCAGGUGGUCUCCCAGACUUUGAUAUUUAUGCAUUAAAGAGAGAGCUGAAGGGAGAACAAGGUGACAAGGGAGUGCAGGGUGAGAAGGGAGAACCAGGCGGUGGAUACUAUGACCCUCGUUAUUCUGCAUCUCAAGGUCCCCCUGGACAGCCGGGUAGCCCUGGACUGCCGGGUCCUAAGGGUGACUCUAUCCAAGGCCCUCCUGGUCCCCAGGGACCUCCAGGAACCCCAGGGGUUGGGUACGAUGGGCGUCCAGGACAACCAGGCCCGCCUGGCCCACCCGGACCUCCAUCGCUGCCUGGAGCUUUCAGGCAGAGUAUCAGUAUUCCAGGCCCACCUGGACCCCAGGGCCCUCCAGGCCCUCCCGGACAGUCCUCCGGGCAGGUUACCAUUUUGAGGACUUACCAAACCAUGAUCACCACAGCGCGAGGACUGCCAGAAGGAACUAUGAUCUUUGUCUCGGACAAGGCAGAUAUCUAUAUCCGAGUGCGGGAUGGAUUUCGUCAAGUUCUGCUUGGGGACUACACACCAUUCUUUGGAGGCGGUGUCCUUGAAAAUGAAGUGGCCGCGGUGCAGCCACCACCGGUAGUGCAUUUCUCACAAGGCCAUUCCCCCAACAGCGGGGCUGGACACAUUUCCCAGAAUGAACCUGUAAACAGGCAGCCAGAGCAACGACCACACUGGCCGCAUCCUCCCCAUCAGCCAGACCAGGGCCAUGUUGUCUACCCCAGCACCCCGGAGCGACAGCCAGCAGGGAGGAACCCAGCAAGGCCAGAAUUCAGCUAUCCCAGUUACCCCAGCCCCCCCCAUCGAAGACCCAGCCAGCCUGAGAUUACACAGCCUGCAGGUCAUGAACAUGGCACAGGCCCUGCUCUCCAUCUGAUAGCCCUGAACGCUCCCCAGACUGGAGACAUGCGUGGAAUCCGUGGAGCAGACUUCCAGUGCUUCCAGCAAGCCCGAGCAGUGGGACUGACCGGUACUUUCCGUGCGUUCCUGUCUUCCAAACUCCAGGACCUUUACAGCAUUGUGCGGAGAGCUGACAGAGCCACGUUGCCCAUCGUCAAUCUCAGGGAUGAGGUGCUGUUUGAUAACUGGGAGUCACUGUUUGAUGGGUCGGAUGCUCAGAUGAAGCCCAAUGUUGCAGUCUACUCCUUUGAUGGGCGGGAUGUUCUCAGAGACAACACCUGGCACCAAAAGAUGGUCUGGCACGGGUCGAACAACAAAGGCCAUCGGCUCACUGACAAUUACUGCGAGACUUGGAGGACUGGUGACCAGGCCGUGACGGGUUUUGCUUCCUCCAUUCAGGCCGGCAGGCUUCUCCAGCAGCGCCCUAGCAGCUGCACCAGCUCCCACAUCGUCCUGUGUAUCGAGAACAGCUACAUCUUACAAUCCAAAAAAUAAAGGAACCCCAAUGGCAAACCUGUUGCAGAUGACAACGUAUGGCUCCCAAUACACGGUUUCCGCAUUGCAGGGCAGUUUUCUAUUUUUCCUCUACUGUAUUCAUUGAAUGCCAAAGAGCUGGGUUUUUAACAAAAAUGUGUUUACUCUCCUCCUUUAUGGGGCAUUGGCACAUAUUCCUAGGGGAAACAUCAGAGAAGCAAAACUAAUUUUGGCAACUGGUAACUGUUUAUAUUGUUGUAUAUGAAACUUGUGUGUGUGUGUGUGUAUGUGUUUUUUAUUUUUUGUCCUUUUUGUUUCUCAGUGUCUCUGGUAUAUUUGUAACCAAUUUUAGCUAUACACCCAUUUUUUUUCCCAUUCGAGGACUGUAGCAUAUUGAGGAUUUGUGCAACUUUUUGGUAUUUUUUAGAUUAAAAACAUAUAUAUUUAUUUUGAAAGUUGUAGUUCAUGAAACACAAAAAUAUGGAGAAUCUGAGAACCACUGAGAUUUUAAAUUAUGCAAUAUAAUUUUAUAAUACACCCUUUCUAAAUAAAGAACUCAAUAUGCUACAGUCAUCAUCUUUUUAUACCACAACUUAAACAUGUAAAAAAUAUCUAACUGUAUAUUAACACAUUAAGAUUAAACAUUAUUAAUGAAUGUUCAUUGAGAAAGAAUAGGUUCAGCGGGUUAAGAUCGUAGGAUGUGUUUUAAGGUUUUCCCUAAAAAGUUUGUAUAACCCUAACCCUUAAAUUUUUUUUUGUACAAGAAAAAAAUCAAGAAACAUAUGGCAAAAAUAAAAAAAAAAAUACAGAAAGGUCAAUAGGCUAGUACCACAUAUCCCAGAAAGCAACCAUUUUAAAGGGAUGUAGUUAAUGAAAUAAUUCUACAAAUCUUACCUGUCAUGCACUUCAUUCGACCUUUUACAUUUAUAAGCAGUUUUGAAAGAACCAUGUUAUAGAAAGCUUGUAUUUUUUUUCAAACAUAUUUACUACCAUACUAGGUUAAAGAAAGGUAUUGGAUUAAAUUGGUCGAUUCGGUCAGGUAUGUAUGUAGCAAACCUACAUUUAAUGUACUACAAUACAGUAUUUUAGUAUACCGUACAAUGACAAUAUAGCUAUUACUAUGCCUACUGUUCUAAGUUACAGGCUUUACUUUCUUGUAUUCUGUUAGCGUUUCACCUUCUAAAUUUAAUACUAAAGCAGCUUGUUGGUUAAUGACAGGAAAGAAAGCAUUUAAGAGGGGAGCAAAUGUUUGAUAUAGCAUGUGUUUCUUUCAAACUGGUACCUACAGUACAUAGUGAAUGAAAUUGCAUAACCAUAAGAUUUAUGUCAUUAUUUCGUUAGCUAUAGCCCCUUAAGUUGACUAGUUUGCAGUAGUAAAAAAAAAAAAAAGCCUUGUAUUGUACACAGGUAAUGCCCAUUAUAGAGUGAAUCUCACGUAUUAGUAUGUAAUAAAUGUUAACAAGUGAUUAUCUUUAUAUAUAUUUGAGAUGCAUCAAAGGCAAACCAGAUGCAAAUGCUAACACAUGUUUAAAUAGUAAUUCACACUGAGAAAGCAAGUUCUGACAAUAAUAAUAAGUAAUACAUUUAAUGGAAGGGAGGCUUUGUCAAUGCUGUUAUUAAUACCCAUAAAAUGGUAUGCUACAUGUAAUGAGUGUUUAACGGUAGCAAUCAUAAACAUCACAUUUUACCAUACAUGGGGAUUUAAAGAGUUUUAAACCCUUAACAGUUUUAAAUCAGUGCUACUUUGUUUUAAACUACUGUUGUGACGAUCCAUUCAGAACACAAGAAAUGUUUGUUAUGAAGACACUUUGUAUUAUAUUUUUUUAACCUAUGUACUCCUUUUGUUAACUAUGACUGACUGCUGUAGUGUUAUCAAUAUUACACUCUUGACUGAACCAGUAUAAACAUGUGGAUUUCCAAUCUGACUCUUGCUGCUUUUGGAGCCUGUAUGUGCUGUAAACAAUUUUUCUGAAGCACUGAAUAAAGUCAAAUGGUCUUA